GGGCUAUAUGUCUCGGGGGCUGCGUUGACUUCGUAAAUAUGAUUCUCUUUCUCUUUCUCGUAAUUCCCCUUCCUGGACGUGCUUGGGGUGAAGUAGUUUCAACGUAAUUCAAAAAGGAAAGUCGGAGGGGUUUCAAGGAAAAGCUGGCAGCUAGUUAAUAGACACGACCCAUAAAAUAUAGCUAGCCAAGCGUCUAGCUAACAUUAGCCGAAUCAAGUCGGUCGUUGCUGGUUAGACUAACGUUACAUGUAUUGGUGCGGGACAAACCCGAUGGACCACAGAUGAAAAGAUUGCACAUUUGGAAGAGGAAAAGUUAAUACCCUAGGCGGCAACCCAAGUCAAGCUGUCACUGGUCCUUCCAACAUCGUCAGUCCAGCUAGCUAGCUAGUCAGUCGCUCCUUGAAAGCUGAGAUAUUAGCUAGCUAGCUGGAUAGGAAGCUGUAUCAGUGUGCCAUCCUUUGAGUCACUCUCACUCCUCGGGCUCCAUGGCGGCUGCGGUACGGGGAGGCGAGUGGUCGUGCGGCCGCUGCACCUUCCUGAAUUCGGGCAUCGCGCCGCGCUGCUCCAUCUGCGAGGCGCCGCGGCAGAAGCCCGACCUCAACCAGAUCCUGCGGCUGAGCAGCACGGAGGAGCAGCGCUGGGCCUGCCCCCGCUGCACCCUCAACAACCCGCAGGGCUCGGGCGCCUGCUCCGUCUGCGGCUUCGGGCCCAACCCCUCUGCCGCCGCUGCCGCCGCCUCCGCCCCCACCGCCAAUGGCCCCCUGCGGCCGCAGCCCAGCCCCUCCGCCCCCGGCGGCCCGGGCGCCCCCUCCGUCUCCACGGCGGCUGUGCUUCUGGAGCCCUGCAGGCCGCAGGCGCCCAAGGAGGAGCAGCGGAGGACGGAGAGCAACGGGGAGGCCUGCCCCCCGGAGCAGCAGCCGGGCUGGGCCUGCCCGCGCUGCACCCUCCACAACACCUCUGUGGCGCUCUCCUGCUCCGCCUGCGGGGGUCCUCGCAAACUCUCUCUGCCCAAAAUCCCCCCGGAGGCUCUAGUGGUGCCAGAAGUCCACACACCAGUGGCCGCCUUCCCGGUCCCGGCCCAUGCGGCAGGACCUGUCCCGCUCUUAAUUGACUUGACUAACGAUUCGCCGCCUGCCCCCCCGGAGCCUGAGGAGGCGCCCCGCCCAAGUACGCAGCCCCCGCCCUCCACUUUCACCCCCCUUUCAUCCCUGCAGAAUAACCCGGUGCCGCGCAGUCGCAGAGAGGUGCCUCCAACCGGGAGACCCCCGAACCCCGCCCCCAGCCCCACCUCACCCUGCGCGGCCGGCGCCCCCGCCCCCGGCACCCAGCGCCCCCCCAAGCCCAAACACUCCCAGCCCCAGCCCCAGGAGCCCUUUCCCAGCAAGCGGCUGAGCACCCUGGAGGAGGAGAACCCCCCUCAGCCGCGGCCGGCCACGCCUCCCCCUUCCUGGAAGUGCCCCGGCUGCUCCCAGCCCAACCCGGGCGGCUCCUCCAAGUGCGAGUCGUGCCGCUCGUCCCGGGGCGACCUCAUCGACCUGGUGGGCGAGUCGGUGCGCUUCACCCCGGCCAGCCCCUCCAGCCCGGACUUCAGCACCUGGGCGUGCUCCAAGUGCACCCUGCGCAACCCCACCGCCGUCCCCAAGUGCAGCGCCUGCGGCUCCUCCAAGCUGCACGGCUUCCAGGACCAGCCCUCCUGCUGCCCCCAGUGCGGCGCGGCGGGGUCCUGCUCCUGCCCCUCCGGCUUCGGGGGCAAGGGGGCCGCCCGCAAGCAGGCGCGGGUCUUCCCCUCGGCCUCGCCCUCCUCCUCCUCCUCCUCGGCGCUCGGCGUGGCAGACAAAGGGGGCCACUGGGCCUGCCCAGCAUGCACCCUGAUCAACGACCUCAAGGCGAAGCACUGCGCCGCCUGCCACACGCCCCAGCAGUACUUCACCCUGCGUAAGGGGGCCAAGCCCCUGAAGAGGCGGGAGAGCGUGCACGUGGAGGCCCGUCGCCGGACCGACGAGGGCGAGGCCAAGGAGCUCUGGGAGAACAUCGUCAGCUUCUGCAGAGAGAAUUCGGUGAACUUUGUGGACGACAGCUUCCCGCCCGGCCCUCGGUCGGUGGGCUUCCCCGAGGGCGACAGCGUGCAGCAGCGGGUCAAGAAGUGGCUCCGCCCCCACGAGAUCAACUGCAACAACUUUAAGGACAGAGGCGUCAAGUGGUCUGUGUUUCGCACCCCACGGCCCUCCGACAUCCUGCAGGGCCUGCUGGGAAACUGCUGGUUCCUGAGUGCCCUGGCGGUGCUGGCGGAGCGGCCCGAUCUGGUGGAGCGAGUGAUGAUCACCAGGGUCAUCUGCCAGGAGGGGGCGUACCAGGUGCGGCUCUGCAAGGACGGCACCUGGACCACCGUGCUGGUGGACGACAUGCUGCCCUGCGAUGAGUACGGAUACCUGCUCUUCUCCCAGGCCCAGAGGAAGCAGCUGUGGGUGGCUCUGAUCGAGAAGGCCCUGGCCAAGCUGCAUGGCUCCUACUUCGCCCUGCAGGCGGGCCGCGCCAUCGAGGGCCUGGCCACGCUCACCGGCGCCCCCUGCGACUCGCUCAUGCUGCAGGUCAGCUCCACCAACCCCCGCGAGGAGCCCAUCGACACCGACCUCAUCUGGGCCAAGAUGCUCAGCUCCAAGGAGGCCGGGUUCUUGAUGGGGGCGUCCUGCGGAGGGGGUAACAUGAAAGUGGACGACACGGUGUACGAGUCCCUGGGGCUGCGCCCGCGCCACGCCUACUCCAUCUUGGACGUGCGGGACGUGCAGGGCUACAGGUUGCUGCGGCUGAGGAACCCCUGGGGACGCUUUUCCUGGAACGGCAGCUGGUCGGACGAGUGGCCCGACUGGCCCCAGCACCUGCGGCACGAGCUGAUGGCCCACGGCAGCAGCGAGGGCGUUUUCUGGAUGGAGUACGGGGACUUCAUCAAGUACUUUGACUCGGUGGACAUCUGUAAGAUCCACUCGGACUGGCAGGAGGUGCGUGUGCAGGGCUGCUUCCCAAGCCGAGCCAGCGGCCCGGUGACGGUCACCGCGCUGACGGUGCUGGAGAGGACGGCGCUGGAGUUCGCCCUGUUCCAGGAGGGCAGCCGGCGCUCGGACACGGCGGACAGCCACCUGCUGGACCUGUGCAUCAUGGUGUUCCGGGCGUCCUUCGGCAGCGGGAACAAGCUGACGCUGGGCCGGCUGCUGUCCCACAGCAAGCGCGCCGUCAAGAAGUUUGUGGGCUGCGACGUGAUGCUGGAGCCGGGGGAGUACGCCGUGGUCUGCUGCGCCUUCAACCACUGGCAGAUGGACAUGUCUGGAGGGUCCCAUACCCCCGUGUCCAGUCCCACCAGCGCUGGGCGCCUCAACCAGGACUUCCCAGGGUACAUCUUGGCCAUCUACAGCUCUCGUCAAGUGAUGGUAGAGCAGGUUGAGGCCCUGGCGACCACUGUUGCCGACGCCAUCAUCCUGUUGACAGAGAACAAGGGUGAAAGACAUGAGGGCCGAGAGGGGAUGACGUGCUACUACCUAACGCACGGCUGGGCAGGGCUCAUCGUGGUAGUGGAGAACCGCCACCCCAAGUACUACCUUCAUGUGUCGUGUGACUGCACCGACAGCUUCAACGUGGUGUCCACGCGCGGCAGCCUGAAGACCAUUGACAGCGUCCCGCCCUUGCACAGGCAGGUGCUGGUGGUCCUGUCGCAGCUGGAGGGCAAUGCCGGCUUCUCCAUCACGCACAGACUGGCCCAUCGCAAGGCGGCGCAGGCCUCUCUGGGGGACUGGACGCCCACCAAGGCCACCCACAGCCCCCAGCUCACCCCCGACAUCGACGGACUGCACCGCCCGCGCCCGCUAUGACCCCGGCUCACCCCCCUGCUGGAGGAGGGGUCGGCCCUCUCGUACCGGGGCAGGGCUUUUUCGUUCCGCAGACCGGAUGGAGGAGAGGCGGAGGGGGAAAAAAAGCACUGUAUGCCUUCUCCCUUAGUUAAUUAAUCAAUGAAAACUGUCCUGCCAAAUCUUUUUUUGGUUCCUAUUUGCACUCCUUCUUGUGCUGUUUUAGACAAAAUGCAGAACAUGUUUUUUUCUGGAUGAGGCCUAUUCUUCUGCAGGAUGGAGGGGUCUGUGAAAGACGGGGGCCCCUCUGUCCGCACGUUAUGUGGGACCGGGACGGGCGGACGUGCCUUGCUGCAGGAGAGUGAACAUGGUGUGCAUGGGCCCCUGCUGCUGCCUGCCAGCCAGUAUCUCCCUCCCAACUAUAGCUGGACGUCAGGGCCCUCGUCCUGAAUCUACUGAGCCAGCCCUCCCUCCCCUGUCAGCCUAUCCAUGUGCCACUGGAGCUGGAUGACACUGGGGCCUGUCAUUGUGGAAGAAGGCCAAAUAUCGGGGCCCGACUGUACCCCCCCCCACGACUCAUGGUACUUCAAGCUGCAAGAGCCAAACCUAGAUGUUUGUGGAUUUAGGACUGUCAAAUAUUUUAUUAAUUGGU